AUGUCGUUCUGUCUGGCCGAUGGCACGUUCGGCCCUCAAUCCUCCUGCAGAACAUUCGACUUCACCGUCGUUUUCGAAAAUAGUAUUCUGUCGGUGUUGCCGAACGGCCUCUUCCUCCUGACAUGCAUUCUGUUCUGGCUGGGAGGACGCCCGCGCGCCGCUCUUUUCGUAAAACAUGCCCUCGCCGGCCUGCCGUUUGGGCUGCUCGCAGUCACAAGUGUACUCAGCCUUGCUUCAUGGGUGACUUCGUCGGUCGAUUUGCCGUCCAAGGCGACGCACCUUGUUACGGCUGCCCAGUCCCUGAAUCUUGUGUCUUCUAUCGCGCUCAUUACCUUGGUCCCGUUCGUAGGGCACUCGCGCUACAUACUGUUUGUGGCGUCACUUUAUCUCCUCCUAACGCUGGUGCUCGACGCUGCUCGGGUGCGGACCUUCGCGAUCGUAGGCUCGGGAACGACAUCGCCCUUCUUCCUCGGGUCUUUCCUCGCCCAGUACGCCUGCCGUUUCCUUUCUCUGGCGACACUCUCCUUCCCCUCGCUCUUUGUUUUAAAACGUGAAGGUGGGCUGGAAGAUGCAGGCUUCCUGUCACAUAUUUUCGUCUUCUGGGCCCUUUCACUCCUAUGGAAGGGCCGGCACGGGAACCUCGAGCUCGAACAUUUGCCCAAACUGGACUCUGACAUGGACACAACUGUACUCUACUCCCGGUUCCAAGUUCACUGGAAGGCAGAGAGAGCGGCGCACGGCGACGAUGCUUCCAUCGCGCGCGCUCUGGCGUCCGCGUUCUAUCCCACCUUCCUCGGGCCGGUCGUGCAGGCCGUCCUCCGCUCGCUCGCACAAGCUGUCCAGCCGCUCAUGGUGAACGCGAUCAUCAAGUUCCUCCAGUCGUACUCGGACAGCAACACAGUGCGCGAGCCUGCGCAGUGGGGCUGGGCGCUCGCGGGAGCGUUUGCCAUCGUCUUCAUCGGUCUCGCAGGCGCUACUGGGCAGUACUUCUACUACGUGUACAGGGCGGGGGCGUACAUUCGUGCUGCGCUUGUGGAGGCUAUUUACAGGAAGACGCUUCUGCUGAGCGCGGACUCGCUUGCUGAUGCUGCGGGCGGAGACGCGUCGAAUCUGAUGAGCGUCGACAUCGAACGCAUCACGCUCGCCAUUGACCCCCUCCAUCAACUAUGGUCCUCCCUCAUCGUCAUCGCCAUCGGACUAUACAUCCUCUGGACGCAGAUCGGCACUUCUUUCGUCGCCGCAGUCAUCGUGACCGCUGUGUGCAUGAUUGCCACACCACUUCUCUCCAGGCACAUUGACGACCUCCAGGAGGCGUGGUCCGCAGUGACUGACAGCCGCGUGCGCCUUAUAUCCAGCGUCCUGCAUCAGAUCACGGGGGUGAAGCUCUCUGCGUACGAGCCCGAGCUUGUCACCAAGGUGGAGGGCGUGCGCCAGACAGAGCUGACGGCGAUGAAGCGUUUCUGGAAGGACUUUGCCGUCGUCGUGUGCGUCACGAAUACCGCCCAGAACAUGCUAAGUCUAUUCACGCUUGGCGCAUAUGCGAUCGUGUCUUUCCUCUCGAAGAGUGGCUCGCUCGACACCGCGCGUCUCUUCACCUCGUACACUGUCCUCACGAUUAUCGCGGCACCGCUCUUCUCCGUCGGACAAAACUACGGCACAGUGCUCGCCGCGUACGGCAGUCUCAAGCGUAUCCAAGCGUUUCUGACUGCGCCCGAGCGCAAGGAUCCACACGCGCAGGAUCUCAGCAUCGUCGACAAGCGGGACUCCCAGUCAGACCCCGAGAAGUCCGGCGAGUUCGGCGAGAUUGUCGGUACCUAUGAGUUGCGCGGGUCGUUUGGGUGGGGCGAGAAGAAAGUGCUCGAGAACAUCGACCUGCAGAUCCCCGUUGGGAAGAUUACUGCUAUUAUCGGCCGCGUUGGCUCUGGGAAGACUACGCUGCUCACGUCCAUCUUGGGCGAGACAACGGUGAUGGGCAAUAUCUCGCGCACCCCUAUACGUGACCCCAUCGCCUUCUGCUCACAGGCGCCUUGGCUGAGGACUAGCCUAUCGAUCGAACAGAACAUUCUGUUCUCGUCCCCCAUGGAUCGCAAAUGGUUCAACACCGUCAUCCAUGCGUGUGCACUUGAUGGCGACUUCGGUCCCGCGAGCCUGGACGUCAGACAGGCAAAGGGCCUCAGUGGUGGACAGAAAGCACGCAUUGCCCUCGCCCGUGCGGUGUAUUCCGGGAGCCCGGUUGUCAUCUUGGACGACGUCUUUGCUGCCUUGGACGGUACGACCUCGGCCAAUGUUUUCGAUGCGCUGCUCGGUUCUACUGGACUCCUCAAAGGUCGUACCGUGGUACUCGCAACAAACAAGAUAUCUCACUUGCAACGAAUGGACCAGAUCGUGAUGCUCGGCGAGGGGCAUAUUCUUGAGCAAGGCACCUUCCAGGAACUAUCUAGCACUGAUGGACCCACCGGUGUUCUCAUCCGUGACCACUCCCAGUCGUCAGACAUCACUGAAGAGUUAGGGUCUCAGGUCACCGCGUUCGAUGAUACGGUCGAGGAUAUCGACAAGGCAGACGCCGAGCAAGAGGAGAUUGACGCCAUUCAGCAUGGCUCCAGCGGCAUAUCUGCGUAUCUGCACUACUUCAAGGGUGCCGGAUAUUCCUCCUUCGCUGUCUACGCCGUCUUCCUCUUUGUCACUGUCGGGAUCCAGAUCAUCACCCCCGUCUAUCUGCAGCUGUGGGCUGCCGCGAAUGACAACGGCUCUGGCUCGGCGUCCUCCAUCCUUGGACGGUACCUGGGCGGAUAUGCUGCAGUCGAGGUUGCGUACACGAUCGCGUUCACGACCGUGUUCUACUUCUUCAUUAUGCGCCUCGUCCCGGGAGCCUCCGACGCGCUGCACUCGCACGCGUUCGAUGCUGUGAUGGCCGCGCCGAUGUCGUUCUUCGGCGCGACGUCCGCGGGCAAGAUCAUCAGUCGCUUCAGCCAAGACGUGUUCAUCGUCGACUUCGAGUUCCCGCUCGCGAUGCACGACUUUGGGUACGAGGCGACGCGCAUGAUCGGUAGUGCGAUCCUUAUGAUCGUGUCCGUCCCGUACCUCGCGAUCGUCGUCGCGUUCACGCUUGUGCUCGUGUAUACCAUACAGAAGUUCUACCUGGCUACUUCUCGACAACUCCGUAGACUCGACCUUUCGAGCAAGGGUCCUCUAUACACGCUCUUCGCCGAGACGGUGGAGCUUAACGGGCUCCUGACUAUCCGUGCCGCGCGCAAGGACGUGCCCUACGCAGCCGCAAACUCGGCGCUCCUCGCGCGCUCUCAGGUGCCCUUCUACUUGACCAACGUCGCGCGGCUCUGGUUGGCGACCACGAUCGGCGUCAUCACCGCCGUCAUCAACACGUGCUUCGUUCUCAUCGCCGUGGGCACCCGCGAAAGCACGUCUGCGGGCCUCUUCGCCGUCGGACUCUCCCAGGCGGUCUCGCUGCAGGACAUCAUCAGUCUUGUGCUCACGUCUUGGACUCAACUCGAGAUCGCGGCCGUCGCCAUCGAACGGAACCUCGAGUACACGCGACUGACGCCUGAAGAGGAUGAUGCGGCCGCCGCCGGGAAGGGCCAGCCUGACGCCUCUUGGCCGUCCCGCGGCACCAUCGAGUUUGAGGAUGUGGUUGCGCGCUACGAUGGCCAGACGGAGCCCUCGUUGAAGGGGAUCACUUGGUCUGUGACUGGCGGAACUAACGUUGGGUUGUGUGGUCGAACCGGCUCCGGGAAGAGUACUAUGCUGCUUGCCAUUCUGCGUGCGUUGCACGUGGAGGGGAAGAUCAUCAUCGACCAGCGGGACACCGCAGAUAUCCCGCGCCGAACGCUACGCAGGAACAUCACAGUCGUUCCCCAAGAUCCUUUGGUCAUCGACGGCACCCUGCGCGAAAACAUCGACCUCUCCGGCGAGAAGACCGACGCGGAAAUCUGGAUAGCCAUAGAAGCAGCGCAGUUAAAAGACGUUGUAGGGGGCUUCGAGCACAAACUUGAGCAGCCUCUGAGCGCGCGGGGCAACGAACUCUCCAAAGGCCAAACCCAGCUCCUUGCGCUCGCACGCGCGCUCCUGCGGGGCAACCGCAUCGUGCUCCUCGACGAAGCGACGGGCAACCUCGACGUCGAGACGGACCGUGCCGUGCAGGUGACGAUCCGCUCCGCGUUCGCGGACUGCACCGUGCUCACCGUCGCGCACCGCAUCGGGACCAUCGCCGACUACGACCAGGUCGCGGUGCUGGAGGCGGGACGGAUUCUCGAGGCGGGCGAGCCGGCGCGGCUACUGGAGGAUGAGGGGAGCGCCUUCGCGCGCUUGUCGCGCGACGCGACCAUGUAAAUACAUUGUCCAGUUACGGUCGUCUAACGCCGCGUGGUGUACAUCCCAUACCCACCAUACGAGUACGCUGCUCUCAUAC